AUGAACACCGAACCGGAAUUGAAUGAUUUGGUGCUUAAACAUAUGAUGCAUGGACCAUGUGGUAUUGGAGAUCCAACAUGCUCAUGUAUGCGAAACGAUGAUAAUACGUGCAGCAAAAAAUAUCCAAAAGAAUUUCGCGAAACAACCAUACCGAAUAUCGGUCGCUACGCGCAGUAUCGGCGAAGAAACAACGGAAGAAGUGGAAAGGUAAAACGAGGUCAACGGAUAUACGAAGAUAUGACCAAUCAGGACGUCGUACCCUACAAUCCUUGGCUGUUGAAAAAAUACAACUGUCACCUGAAUGUAGAACUUGUGAACACUACGAGUGCAUGCAAGUACAUAUUCAAGUAUAUUUCAAAGGGCUCAGAUACUGCCGUAAUGAAUGUCGUACAAAGUACGAGAAAUACAACCGAGACAACAAAUACGACCGAUGCGGACGAUACGAACAAAAAAUAUGACGAAAUUACCGAACAUAUAGAGAGUAAAUAUCUAUCGUCUUGCGAAGCAGCAUGGCGAAUAUUCGAGUUGCCUCUAAUUGACAAAACGCAAAAAAUUGAAAAAUUGCCUAUUCAUUUAGAGGGAGAGAGAUCCGUUGUCUUUCGAGAAGGCGAUGAACAAGCGGCAAUAGAAAAUGCCGAAGGAAAAUUUUCAAAACUCGAAGCCUACUUUAUUCUAAACCGGGAAGAUGAACAGGCGAACAACAUUAAGUAUCGCAACAUACCCAUGUAUUAUUGGUGGAAUGCCUCUGCACACAAAUGGGUACGAAGAGUUUACGAUAAAGGCAGCGCGAAAUCGCCAGCUAACUGA